AUGGAAGAAGAUGAUGAUGAAAGUAGUUUAAACAUUUAUAAGUACAGACGUGGAAGAGAUAGAAGUGAUGAAUUUUUAAAAGCAAUAACCAUUGGACAUUUUAAUGAUGAGCAGAACAUAAUCGUAGAAGUUGAUGAGAAUAAGCGUCAAAAAACUUAUGCUAUAUUGCAGGAACACCGAACUGAUUUCUCAAACAACAAACUUCGUUAUCUCCUUCUUAUUUAUUGUAAUCCUAUUUGGAAUCUUUCUAUAUUAGUAGCGAUUUUGCUUCAAUACUUAUUAGAGUCAUGUCUCUAUACGUUCAUCGAACCAAGCAAACGAUCGUCCUGGUUGAUAUUGUCUAUAUUUUUACUGAAUAUAACAUUUACACUCGAUGUAGCGGUCGUUGUUGGUUUAAAAUUCUUCGAAAAGUGGCGCAAGACGCUUAACUUAAUGGAACCAGAUAUGAAACGUGUGAUUCUUGAUGUUGUACUUGCAAUGCCAUAUUGCUUCAUGUAUUUGAUCAACCGUGAAGAUAAAACGACAUUUAAUAUUUAUGCGAUAUCCCCUUUAAUAGCCACUGCACGGGUUUAUCGAAUAAUUGAAUAUUCCUAUAAUAAAUCCUCUGAAGCUGGUACAAAUCAAUGGACUACUUUUUUGGCUCAAUAUCUGAUAUUAUUAUUGCUAUCAGUGCAUACUUGGACCUGCAUUUGGUAUUUAUUUGCCUAUAAAUAUUUUGAUAUUCAUCUUAUACGUUCGUCCUGGUCUAUUGCUGCAUCAAAUUUUCCGACAGAAACCACUUUUGAUUGGUAUUUAGUUGGUGCUUAUUGGUCAGUUAUGUUUUUUACAACGAAUGCAUUUGGAGAUAUAUAUCCAAUAACAACUUAUGAAAGAAUAAUUGCUGCUAUUGCUAUACUCUUAGGAUUUUUAUUAACAACAGUAGUUUUUGUAGGCUCUUUAACAUCUCUUUUUAUUACUAUAACAACAAGACGAGCUAGGUACGUUCAACAGUUGAAAAAAAUACAAAAUCAUUUGAAACUUAUUAAAAUGGACAACGAAACUACAAAACAUAUUAUAAGGUACUAUGAAGAUCUAUGGUAUCAAAAAUCUGGGGUCUUCAAACCUAAACUAAUAAAACUUUUACCUGCGCCACUACAAAUGGAAAUGUUUUACGACCUUAAUGCAAUACCUCUCUACAGUUCUUUACUAUUCAGAAAACUUCCGGAAGCAUUCCUUAGAAGACUGUCCGUUACAAUGAGUCACCAGUUUUAUUUACCCGGCGACAUUGUUUAUAAUCAUAAUCAAAACAAGACUGUUAUGAUCUGCAUAACCAGUGGGGUAUUGGAGUUGUUGUCAGAUGAAGAUGAUGAAAGUCCAAUGAUAUCUUUUAGAAAAGGGACAUGCUUUGGUGAAAUCUCUUUAGUCUACAAUAUACCAGCAAGGUGUACCGUCAAAGCUGCAACUUAUGUUGAAUGUCAAGUUCUUAACAAAACAGAUUUUAUAAAGCUGAUGUUAACGUAUCCAGAUAUUGUUGCUUCAAUUAGAAACGAAAUUCAGGAAAGAAUAUUAAGAGCUUUAAAAAGAAAACAAAAACAGGACCAUAACGCUCCUUUGUCAUUAAAUAUUUACGCUUCAAAACACCGCAAGAAAAGCAGUAUUAAAUGUCUCAAAAACAGAUUACGAUAUUUACAAGGACUUACGGACGUAGAAUAUUCUUCUCAUGACGAUGAACUGGAUGAACACUGUUUAGAUUUAUACAUCUUAUCCGAACAUGUCAAAAAGAAGAUGACUGUAUUUACCUGUUUGAAUCCAAAAUUUCCAUGGGUUUUGGAAACAGAGUGUCACCUUGUUAAAUAUUGGGAACUGUAUAUGCUUAGCAUUGUAUUUUAUGUGUGUCUUUUAUACCCCUAUUUUAUUGGAUUUGAAAGAAAAUUCCCCGGUGGUGUGUUUUUCUACGCAGAGAUAGUAAUAAUGAUAUCUCUAGUCCUGAAUAUGUUUAUAUCAAUAGUUACAGCUGUGAAAACUAAAAAGAAGUAUAUAAAAAACGUAUCCGGAAUAUUGAAUUACCGCAUGAAUACAUUAGGAUUUUACUUGGAUGCUUUGUCUAUAAUACCAUUUGAGUACAUUGUGACUAUACAUCGCAACUCUACGUAUCUAGAUAAUUAUGGGAAUCACCUUUUUUAUCUUUGCAAAGGAACAAAACUUUGCUUAGUCUGGAGACUAUCAAACUUUUUUGAGAAUUUAGAAAAGAAAUUACUUUCAAACUCAAUUCUGGUCAAAAUAGCAAAGUACUGUAUUUAUAUUGGGUUUAUAUGUUAUUGGUCCGGCACUAUAUUGUAUAUGGAAUCAUGUUUCUUGAAUAGAUGCUCUCAAGAAUCGUGGUUUGCUAGGGCUAUGACUUGGGAAAAUCAGAAAAGCGAUGUAUCAGCCAGCAAAACUAAAUAUCCAAUAUUGACUUCAGUUUACUUCGCGACCACAACGUUAUUAUCCGUUGGUUAUGGUGAUUUUUAUCCCGGAGACCAAUUCGAUAUGGGUUUCAUAGCAUUUCUUAGCUUAUACGGUGUAUUAUUAACUGGAUAUUGCGUGUCUGAAUUUUCCGCUUUAGUAACUCAUUGGUCUAGAACAAAAACGGCCUUUUUAGAAGUUAUAAUCACAAUCGAUAAAUUUAUGAAGGAAAAUAAUAUGCAUCCAGCAAUAAAGUCUAGAAUAAUGUCUUUUUACGAAUUGCAAUGGCAAUAUAACUCGGGAGUGGAACUUACGGGCGAAAAUUGGCUUGAAAAGACGGUUAUACCUACAGAACUGCGAAAAAAAGUGCUACAUCAAGCGAGAUUUAAAACCCUGACUUCAAUAAAGUUCUUCCAAGUGAAAAAUAAAGCUUACAUUCACACACUGACUGAAAUGGCACGUGACAUUAUUUUACCACCGGGUGAGAUUGUUUAUUAUGGCGGAACUGUUACACGAGAGCUGUAUAUUAUUGAGAGCGGUUACUGUUUGGUGACAUGUAGAGAGAUGCGAGACACCAAGAAGGAACGAGUCAUUGGCCCCGGGAACCAUCUGGGAUUAUUAGUGUUGUUAUAUGGCGUGCCGGCUGUCAGUACUGUAAUUACUUUGACACAUUGCAAAUUAAUAAGCAUCAGUCAUUUUGCGUACACGUCCGCUUUAAAUCUCUUCCCGGAUAUGAGAGAACAUGAAGGUCUAUUUUCUAGUGAAGAAUUAAAAAAAAUUGAACAACAUGCAAAGUCACAGAACGCCAAUGCUUAUUUAAAACACUAUAAUCUUUUAGUGGGUCCUCAUAAAAAACACAUAACAAGUAUUGUGCAAAAUCUGUUUAAUGAUUCAUUUAUUAAUUUGUUGGAUCACUAUAGUAAUAAAAAUGAGAGUUAUUUGAAAUCAUAUAAGAACUUCAAGGUUUUGAACAAUAUAUCGCCAUACUUGUUAAUGCCUAUCGUUAUUAAACCCGACGGCUUGUUCCUCAGAACCUGGGCUGUUCUUAGAGUUUGCGCAUCCUAUAUUUUAAGUCUAGUGAUUCCUAUCACAGUUGCAAUGGCCCCAACUUAUGAUAGAUUUAACAUUAUUAUAGUAAUAUGUGAAGCAAUUUGUUAUACUGACUUGUAUUUAAUGCUGCAUGUCGCUUUUUAUGGUUCUAAAAACCAACUGAUAUACCACCCCUAUUUAACAGCAAGAAACUACCUCAGGCGAACAUUUGGUGCUGAUUUUAUCACAUGUUUUCCAUGGUACGCUAUCUGGAAAUUAUUUGUACCCAGGCAUAAUGAAAACCACACUAAAGGAGAUCAUUUUCUCAAUCCACAUAUGUACCAUUGUAUCAUUCGUUUGGCUAAUGUUUUACAAAUAUAUAAAUUAUACGCAGUUUUUUGGGCUGAAUCCAUAAAUGCUUUAAAAAGGGCUUAUUUUAUGAGUGUACUGCAAUUUUUUCUGUUGACUAUAUUUUUCCUGAACCUAUACACGUCAAUAUUAUUAACAAUGACAUGUAGAUACGUCACAGCUAACGAUGAAGACGAUUUUGUCAGGAAGGUGCAUAAGUUAUCAGUACUAAGUGGACCCUAUAUAAAAACACAAUACAAUCCGGGCGGAAACAUAAUAUGCAAAGUUGGUUCUUGGUUAGAUAGCACAAAGAUAUUUAAAGACGCCUAUUUGAGUCCAUCUAAAGCAUAUCUUCUGUCAUAUUAUUGGGCAUCUACGAGUUUCACUGGCGCUGGAUUCGGUGACAUCACAGCUCAAAACACCUCCCACAUGAUACUCUCUAUAUGUAUAAACAUACAUGGAGUGUUGUUUUUUGGAUAUGUUUAUUCAAAAAUUGCUUCCUUGAAAGCAAUGGCUGAUCAAGUUGUGACAACGUUCCAAGAAAAUCUUAAGCAUUUAGAAUUAUUUUUAAAUCGAGAAAAAGUCCCCUAUCUUCUAAAGAAAACGGCUAUCGAAUAUUGGAAAUAUCAAUGGAAAAGAACUGGCGGUUGGUCGCAUCAAAAAAUUUUGGGAAAACUACAUGCCAACUUAAAUGAAGAUGCCGUUUUAUACAUGUACGAAAAAACAUUAAGAGAAAUACCGUUAUUUGAAGACGUGGAAUAUUCUUUUUUUCGAGCUUUUGCUAAAAAUCUCAAAGAACGUUAUCUUCAAAAAGGUUACAUGAUGCUCAGAUCCAAUGAGGUCAUAAAUAACAUGUAUAUAAUUUAUCGCGGUAAAGUGGAUAUAAUAAAUAAUACUAAUGAAGUAGAGGCUUGUAUGGGGCCAGGAGGUAUUUUUGGAAACAUUCGUGGAGCUACCAGAUAUCUAACCAUAUCUAAUGUAGUUGCUUCGAGAAAUACGGAUUUGCUAGUCAUCGAAGGAUCAAACUUUUAUACACUAUUAAAAUACUUUCCGUCGGUAUUACGAAAAGUUAAAUAUUGUGUUGAUUCUACUACAAAGGAUUAUGUCUUGCCAACAAUAAUGUCGGAGCAAUCCAGUGCUGAAAUAAGAACGUUUCCUCUAACAUAUGACGCUGACGAUAAUGAAGAUGAAGAUGAAAUAGACCAGGAUGUUUAUCUCGAUAGUCCUGACAAGAGUAUUGCAGAAUCUCAUGGAUCGAGAUCAAUUGCUUCUGGCGGAUACUCUGAUUAUAUUUCGGCCAUUUGGCUAAUAGUGAAACCUCAUAAAUGGUUCCAGAGCAGCAUUGUACCAGAUUGUAAAUGGGUCAUAUUUAUAGAUUAUCUCAUAAUCCUUCUUGCAUACGUUGAUUUUAUGAUCCUGGUCUAUCAAAUGGCUUUCUUGUCAAAUGAGUACUUUUUCUACAUCUGUGUUGUCUUUGAUGUGAUAUUUUUGUACAAAGUGUUUCUGGAUGUUCACACGGGAUAUAUGAAUAGAUAUGGAGAUUAUGUUUUGAAUCCAAAGAAAGUGAGAAAAAUGUACUUCUCUAAGAUAUUUCUGCGCAGACGCGACUUUCUAAGUAAUUUGCCGAUAUGUUACUUAGCUUUUGCUAUGAACUUGGCGCCAUCAAUGCAGCUCGCUCUAUUCUGCUAUUUAAGAACACCACAACUAUUCAGAAUAUCGUAUUUAUUUACAUAUCGACAGUACAGAAAAAUUAACAUUGGUUCAUCGAACUUAUUUCUGAAGCUAACAACUAUUGGAAUAUGGGCAUCUCUGCUUUCGCAUGUGAAUGCUUGCCUAUUUUUUAAGAUGUCCUGUUUAACGCCAGUUCAAUGUACUUCAGACAAUUGGAUAACAAAAGGGAAUCUUAAUUUGAGGGUUAAUUAUGCCGAGGAUAAUUUCUUUGCACUUUAUAUAGCUUCAUUGUGGUACAUGAUCAACUUAUUAACCAUAACUGGAACUGGAGAUGUGACGGCACAAAAUGAUUUUGAAGUCAUCGAAACCGUUUUUAUAACUUUAGUUAUAAAAUUUUGUACGGGUCUCUUAAUAUCUGAAAUGUCCGCUAUGAUAAGCGCUCAUUCGUCAUCUCGAAUCGAAUACGACUACGCUAUAAACGAGUUGAAAGACGGUUUAAGGGAUACAGAUCUUAGUGCCCAUCAAAUGAACAAGAUGUGGGAUUACGUUAGGGAACUAUGGAACCGACAACAAGGGAAACAAAUGCCCGAGCUUGUAUACCGGCUACCGUUUAGACUUCGAUGUCACGUAAUGCAAGCGGUUUACGGCAGCCAUAUAAGGGAAUCUUUGAUAUUCAAGAAAACUAGCGAUGACUUCAAACGUAUGCUGGCUAUGUGGUUGAAACAUUGCGUUUUCUUCCCCGGUAAUUACAUCGUACAGUGCGGGGACGCGGAUCAAUGUAUAUACUUCAUACAUAGAGGACAGGUGGAAGUGUUAACAGUUCAUCAGAACUUGACAGAGUCUGUUUAUGACAUUCUUGGACCGGAGGAUAGCUUUGGAAUAGCUCAGGGUCUUUUUGUCGGUGUAACCCAUCAUUUCUCAUUCAGGGCACGUACUGUCGUCGACAUAGUAUACUUGAAAUUGGACGAAUGGAAGUAUUUACUUGAUUUUUAUCCGUCUUCAGCUAAAUUAGUACGACGCAAAGUUGAAAACGUGUAUCUAGCUAUAUGA